AUGACCAACACGUUGGAUGAUUCAAUCGGAAGUAUGCAAAACUGUGUGUCGAUCGUCCGAGAUACGUCACUGAAACUACGGUCGCGUGCCCAGACGCCUGAGGAAACAGAGCGAAUCAAAAAGGUUCUACAGCUGACGCGAAAGUACGAGGAGGUGACCCAGAGCGAGGUGCUGGCAGCCCAGCAGCGCCAGGCGGCCGAAAUUGCGCCCCAGGUUCAGGAUCUGAUUGGCGGAGUCGAAAAACAGAUCAGCAGUUUGCAUUCCAAGGAGCGGAAGCUCAAAUCACAGUCUGAGCUGAAUAAGAGCCGAUUGGAGCAAUUUCCUAUGACGCGAAGAGAAGUGGUUGACGUGCCCCGUGACGCUGACAAUGUUGUGGAGGUCACGGAGGAGGAACUGCAAGAACUUGAGGAGCUGCAGCGAGAACGGGAGAAGCUGAAGAUGGAGAUUAGUCGUCUGAAUCUGGAAAAGCGGAAGAGUGUCUAUGGAAAGUUGCCUCAGUAG